GGCGAAAAGCAAAGAAAAACCACCAAACCAAAAGCAAACUCUCUCAUCUUUUAAUUUCUAUUAAGGCCCAAAAGCACGCACCAGAACUACCAAAGCAAAGCAAUAAUCCCUCUCCCUCUCUCUUUGUCAUUUUUUUUUUAAAAAAAAUCUCUCUUAAAAGAGCGAAAUCGAAAACUAAAAGAGAAUGAAACCGUGUCUAUGCAAGAAACAGUGUUUCAGUGUUGGCUCUAACUAGAUCUGCGUGUCCUCUUCAUCAUUGCUCUGAUCUUCUUCUUUUGCAGGUACUUGCAUUUCUCCAUUCAUUUCUUAGAUUCCUCGCUUUUGCGACAAGCGAUUCUCAUUUCUCAGUUUCAUUUGCAAAUUGCAAGCCCUCCAUUACUUUCUCCAGGCAUUUCCUUAAUUUCCGCGCAGAAUCUGCUGAAUGCAUAUGCAUGAUGUUUGUUUGCCGAGAAAAUUAGGCAAAGUUUAGACUCUUACUUCGAGGUAAAGGAAAACGAAUCACUCCGGUGCACUCAACUGCUUCAAAUAUUUUAACAAAUAAAAAAAGCCUCCAGCACUGAUAAUUGAGUACAGAGAAUUAUGGAAUAGAAGAUCUUAAGGGAAAGACGCCCAUUCAUGCACUGCGUAGCACUGUUGUGUAGAAGAAGAGAUGGAAGUUGGGGAAAGCAACAGUGGUAACGAGAGGCGUAUCAUAUCUAAGGAUUCUUCAUGGUGCAGUCAAUUCCGAAAUGCAUCUAAUCCUUGGAUGGCAAGAUAUGCCUAUGCCUUGAUUUUUCUUGUGGCAAAUCUUUUAGCAUGGGCUGCACGGGAUUAUGGUCGUGGUGCUUUAACAGAAAUGAAGAGAUUAAAAGGAUGCAAUGGUGGAAAAGACUGUUUGGAUGCUGAAGGUGUUUUGCGUGUGAACCUGGGUUGCUUUAUAUUUUAUAUCAUAAUGUUUUUGUCUACUGCUCGCACUUCUAAACUGAACAAUGUGAGAGAUACAUGGCACUCUGGAUGGUGGUCAGUCAAGAUUGCUCUCUGGGUGGUCACGACUGUCAUUCCAUUUCUACUCCCUUCUGAAUUUAUUCAGAUUUACGGGGAGGUGGCUCAUUUUGGUGCAGGGGUUUUCCUCCUUAUUCAAUUGAUAAGCAUAAUCAGCUUCAUUACAUGGCUGAAUGAAUGUUGUGAGUCAGAAAAAUUUGCAGCAAGAUGCCGAAUCCAUGUGAUGUUUUUUGCAACGACUGCAUAUGUUGUCUGUCUGAUGGGGAUCAUUUUGAUGUACAUUUGGUAUGCACCAAAGCCAUCUUGUCUCCUCAACAUUUUCUUCAUUACUUGGACGCUAGUACUUCUCCAACUUAUGACAAGUGUGUCUCUGCAUCCAAAAGUUGAUGCUGGCAUUCUAACUCCAGGGCUGAUGGGGCUUUAUGUUGUCUUCCUUUGUUGGUGCGCUAUUAGAAGUGAACCUGCUGGAGGAAACUGCAUCAGGAAGUCAGACUCUGCAACCAAAACAGACUGGCUAAGCAUCAUUAGCUUUGUUGUUGCAAUACUAGCAAUUGUUAUUGCGACAUUUUCAACAGGCAUAGACUCCAAAUGCUUUCAGUUCAGGAAGGAUGAUACUCCACCAGCACAGGAUGAUGUACCUUAUGGUUAUGGCUUCUUCCAUUUUGUUUUUGCCACAGGAGCAAUGUACUUUGCUAUGCUAUUGAUUGGAUGGAAUAGUCAUCAUUCUAUGAGAAAAUGGACGAUUGAUGUGGGCUGGACCAGCACCUGGGUCAGAAUAGUAAAUGAAUGGUUGGCAGUUUGUGUAUAUUUGUGGAUGCUGAUAGCCCCAAUCAUAUGGAAAAGCAGACAUACUGGUUCUACUUAAGAACGCGUCCGAAACACAAACCAUUCUAGUUUUGAUAUUUUUUUCAAGGAUUAAAGAUCUUCAGAUAGUUCCAUAUCUCAGAUGCAGCUAUGAAAAAGAAUAGCAAUUGCAAAAUCAAGGGAAUUCUCUGCAGAAACGAUUCUUCUUCAAUGGACACUAGACAGAAGCAAUGGGUCUGGCACAAAUGCAUAUAUACUGGUUGGAUUUAUUCUAUCACCUCAUAGAUAUCCGGUCAUUUCACUCCACCAUCCAAGCGAUCAUAAAGAAAAAAAAACACUUUUUUCUUGGGGGUGCUGGAAAGGAAUUUUUUUGCAAACCCUUGGAACUAUAACUAUAUUGCUAGAUUUUCUUAAAUUGCAUCGGUAUUUUUAAAUUUAAGUAAACUAACCUAAAACAGCCCAUGCAAACAGUAAACAUUAUCUUAAAAAAAAAAUUAUGAAUUUAUCUAAAAAAUAUCUUCAAUUUAACAUGGUACAUUAAGAUUCAAAAUUUGAAUUAAAAAGUAAUAAUGUUUUGAAGGAAUAUACAUAAAAAUGAAAUUGGAUAUUAGAUAUUCAAUAUAAGAAAUUUAGAAAGAUUAAUAGUGCACAAAUGACAAGUGGUUCACAGGUUGUUCGCAAUGGGUUCGUCGUGAGUUUCGCCUUGGGUUGCGGUGGUUAGGUGGUUUUUUUUUUUUUUCUUUGUAAUUAUUUUGUUCUUUGUAAUAAUUUUGUUGCAUAAAAAAAUUUAGAUCUAUGGAAGUCAUUGAAGCAAUGAUAAGGCUGUUGAUUUUUUUCUC